CUCGUCCCCUCAGAGCGCGGCUGGGCCGGCCCUCGCACGAGCACCGUGGCUCCUGCGGCCUCCUUCCGAACAAAAGGGCUUAGGGAAACAAAAUCGUUUGGCUAAUAAGACUUCGGAAAGCGAGGGCAGGCGGUCUCGGUUGUGAAUAUUUUCUGAUUUUUCCAGAAAUCAAGCAGAAGAUUGAGCUGCUGAUGUCAGUUAACUCUGAGAAGUCGUCCUCUUCAGAAAGGCCAGAGCCUCAACAGAAAGCUCCCUCUGCACCUCCGCCUCCACCCCCGCCCCCACCUCCGCCCCUGCCAGAGCCCACCCCGCCAGAGCCAGAGGAGGAGAUUUUAGGGUCUGAUGAUGAGGAGCAAGAGGAUCCUGCAGAUUACUGUAAAGGAGGCUAUCAUCCAGUGAAAAUUGGUGAUCUUUUCAAUGGCCGGUAUCAUGUUAUUAGAAAGUUAGGAUGGGGACACUUCUCUACAGUCUGGCUAUGCUGGGAUAUGCAGGGGAAAAGGUUUGUUGCAAUGAAAGUUGUAAAAAGUGCCCAGCAUUAUACAGAGACAGCCUUGGAUGAAAUAAAGUUGCUCAAAUGUGUUCGUGAAAGUGACCCUAAUGAUCCUAACAAGGAUAUGGUUGUACAGCUAAUUGAUGACUUCAAAAUUUCUGGAAUGAAUGGAAUUCAUGUCUGUAUGGUCUUCGAAGUACUUGGACAUCAUCUCCUAAAAUGGAUUAUCAAGUCCAAUUAUCAAGGCCUUCCCAUUCGUUGUGUAAAAAGUAUAAUUCGACAGGUACUUCAAGGUCUAGAUUAUCUACACAGCAAGUGCAAGAUCAUUCAUACGGAUAUAAAGCCAGAAAACAUAUUGAUGUGCGUGGAUGAUGCCUAUGUUCGUAGAAUGGCUGCUGAAGCUACUGAGUGGCAGAAGGCUGGUGCUCCUCCCCCCUCUGGCUCAGCAGUGAGUACAGCUCCACAACAAAAGCCUGUUGGAAAAAUAUCCAAAAACAAAAAGAAGAAACUGAAGAAAAAACAGAAGAGACAAGCUGAGCUGUUAGAAAAACGCCUGCAGGAAAUAGAAGAACUAGAGCGAGAAGCUGAAAGGAAAAAAAUAGAAGAAAAUGUAACCUCAGCUGUACCAUCAAAUGAACAAGAAGAUGAGUACCACCCAGAGGUGAAACUAAAAACAGCUGAUAUAGAAGAGAUAGUAGAUGAAGAACCUGGAAAUGAUGAUGGUGAAGCAGAAGAUCAGGACGAAAAAGAAGACACAGAGAAAGAAAACACUGAAAAAGAUGACGAUGUUGAGCAGGAACUUGUCAACACUGACCCUACAGACCCUAAGUGGAUAGAAUCCCCCAAAACAAAUGGCCAUAUUGUGAACGGCCCAUUCCUAUUGGAACAACAGAUUGAAGAUGAAGAUGAGGAAGAGGAAGAAUGUCCAAAUCCAGAGGAGUAUAAUCUUGAUGAGCCAAAUGCAAAAAGCGAUUACUCUUAUAGCAGCUCCUAUGAACAGUUUAAUGGUGAAUUGCCAAAUGGACGUCAUAAAAUUCCUGAGUCACAGUUCUCUGAAUUUUCAGCUUCAGUGUUCUCUGGGGCUCUAGAGUCUGUAGCUUGUGGUUCUGCUGUUUCUGAAGGAUCAACUGUAACCGAAAGAGAGGAGAGCAGCCCAUCUCAUGACAGGAGCAGAACAGUUUCAGCUUCAAGCACUGGGGAUUUGCCAAAAACAAAAACUCGUGCUGCUGACUUACUGGUGAAUCCACUGGAUCCAAGAAAUGCAGAUAAAAUUAGAGUUAAAAUUGCUGACCUGGGGAAUGCCUGCUGGGUGCAUAAACACUUCACAGAAGACAUCCAGACAAGACAAUAUAGAUCCAUAGAGGUUUUAAUAGGAGCAGGUUACAGUACACCUGCUGAUAUCUGGAGUACAGCAUGUAUGGCUUUUGAGCUAGCGACUGGAGAUUAUUUGUUUGAACCACACUCUGGUGAAGACUAUUCCAGGGAUGAAGACCACAUAGCAUUGAUCAUUGAACUGCUGGGAAAAAUCCCUCGAAAAUACGCUAUGUUGGGGAAAUAUUCCAAGGAGUUUUUCACCAAAAAAGGAGAACUCCGACACAUUACCAAGCUGAAACCUUGGAGUCUUUUUGAUGUGCUUGUGGAGAAGUAUGGUUGGCCUCAUGAAGAUGCUGCACAGUUUACAGAUUUCCUGAUCCCCAUGCUAGAAAUGGUCCCAGAGAAACGUGCUUCAGCUGGAGAAUGCCUUAGGCAUCCGUGGCUGAAUUCUUAGCAGAAUCUCCCAGCUGUAAAAAAAGCCAGCAACCACUUUCCAAUGCAUCGGACCUAAAUGGUGACUGUCACAAAUUCUUUAGCAGGAUCACACGUGAGCUGGCUUCAAUCCUCAGACCUUUAUUUUGCUUGAGGUACUGUUUGACAUUUUGCUUUUUGUGCACUGUGUUCUUGGGGAAGGGUAGUCUUUUUGUCUUCGGCUAGUAGUUUACUCACCCACUUUCUUCAGAAAACACUUAAUGUGUCUUUAAGCAUUGUUUCUUGUGUUGUGUGGCAUUCAGAUGUCAGAUUUUUGAACAAAGGAAACUUCCCCCCAUGUGUUUUGGCAAGUUUUGUAACUAUUUAUGAAAAAAAAAAUAUUUUAGCUGAUGCAUAUUAUAUAAUUUACAAGCGUAAGAAAUCUAUCAAGUCAGAACUGAGUUACGGCGAGGAAUUGUACAAUUUUAUCUUCCGGCAAAGGGACGUCAUUCUUGUAUUAUAGUGUAUGUAAAUGCACCCUGUAAAUGUUUAUUGCCAUUUAAAUAUGGGACUGGGGACUCAACUUCAGAGUAAAGCGACUAAGUUUUAGAGAGCUUUAUAGCAAACCAAUUGCAUGUAGUGGACUUUAAACUGCUUUAAGGAAUUGUGUAAACUUUCUAUUCUGUAGCAGUUCCCGUUCAUUGGAUUUUAAACAAAGUGGCUCUGGUUUACAGGAUUUCAUUCCCCAAACGGCACUUUAAAGGAAGGCUAGACUUCUUUCUAAUAAAGUAUGCAUUAUCAUUUAGCACUCCCUUUUAGAACUUUUGCCUAUUUUAAGUGCUUUUAAGAGAAGAAAAAUAGCAAUUUCCCUUACAAUGUGAUAGUGAAGACAUGGUACCAUAUGGUGUUGCCUUUUUAUAAGCACUGUAAGUUGUACUAUACCUUAAGAAAAAAAAAAAAAUUAAAAGUCGAGCAUGAGAACCACUCUCUGUGUAGAAUUACUGAUCUUUUAUAAUAAAAGUGUGUGCUUGGCAUCAGUUAAGGAAGGAUAUAGCUGCAGAUAUUUACAGUGCAGUGGGUCAAAUAAUCCAAGAAGCAAGAUCAUGCUCAUUCCAUUCAUAGCUUUACAUGUUUCUAAAACAAAUUGCACUAGCUUUAUUCUUUCCCAUAACUAGACAUACGAUUACCUGUUGUAAGUUGCACGCAACAAUUACGUGUUUCCUAGGAAAAAAAAAGCUGCAUAGGCUGAAGCUUAUAGGCAAUACAGAUUUUAGAAUGUACAGUACGGAGGUGUGUUUUGGCCUCUUUUAGAAGUCAGUGGGAUGAAUGUAAGCUUACUUCUGAUCUUCAUGUAACUACGGUGCCACUUUUUUCUUGACUUUGUCCAUAUGAAACUUAUUCACAUGCCUUUGCAAUAACUAGAUUGUGAGAAGAUAGCCCCAUGCUGUAACAAUAACCAGUUGUUUGAGGUGCUUGCAGUUGUCUAAUUAAAGUGUUUUGUUUUUUCA